AUGUUGGUAUUAUUAUGGAAUGUGAGGGGAAUUAGUAGGCCAUCCUUUGUUUCUAACUUUCGACUGCUUAUGCAUCAUCAUACACCUUCUCCCGUGGUGCUAGUGGAGACGUGGGUCUCUAGGGAGAGGACCGCGGUUAUUCUUCAGGGUUUGGGGAUGGACUCUUGGUUUCUUUUGGAUCCUGUGGGCUUUGCCGGAGGCAUCCUCCUCCUUUGGAACUCGCAUGUUAUAGAUUUCCAAAAGAUCAGGGAAGGUGCUCAAGGAGUGCAUGGGGUGUUGGAGGUACGUGCUAUGAAAACAUCCUUCAUUUCUUCUGCUAUAUAUGCCAGCCUUGAAUUUUGCAUGCGUAAAAAUUUAUGGAAUGAACUUAUGUCCUUCUCCCAAAAUGUUAACAGACCUUGGCUAGUAUUGGGAGACUUUAAUGCAGUUACUAAUAAAAAUGAGAAGCUUGGUGGCCGAAAUAUCUCGUAUCAUAGAACUAAUAUGUUUGUUAAUACUAUGAAUAACUAUAACUUGCUUGAUAUUGGAUAUAAUGAACCUAAGUAUACUUGGACAAAUAAUCGUAGCAAUAACCCGAUUUAUGAAAAGCUUGACAGGGGUUGGGCUAAUGGUGAUUGGAUUAAUGCGUUCCCGGUCUAUAACCUAUGGCACCUCCCUCGUGUCACCUCCGACCAUUGCCCUAUCUUACUGAACUUAGAAAAUCAUCGUCCAAUGGAUGGGCCGAAACCUUUUGGGUUUGAGCCAAUGUGGACUCUAGAUAGCAGAUUCUUAGAUGUAGUUAGGCAAGCCUGGUAG